AUGUGCGUGUGUACAUUCAGCAUUAUCGCCAGCAGUGCCGUAUGUGCGCAAGUACAUUCAGCAUUAUUGCCAGCAGUGCCGUAUGUACGCAUGUACAUUCAGCAUUAUCGCCAGAAGUGCUGUAUGUGUGCAUGCACAUUCAGCAUUAUCGCCAGCAGUGCCGUAUGUGCGCUCGUACAUUCAGCAUUAUCGCCAGCAGUACUGUAUGUGCGCUCGUACAUUCAGCAUUAUCGCCAGCAGUGCCGUAUGUACGCAUGUACGUUCAGCAUUAUCACCAGCAGUGCUGUAUGUGCACUCAUACAUUCAGCAUUAUCGCCAGCAGUGCCGUAUGUGUGCUCGUACAUUCAGCAUUAUCGUCAGCAGUGCCAUAUGUACGCAUGUACAUACAGCAUUACCGCCAGCAGUGCUGUAUGUGCGCAUGAACAUUCAGCAUUAUCGCCAGCAGUGCCGUAUGUAUGCAUGUACAUUCAGCAUUAUCGCCAGCAGUGCCGUAUGUGCGCGUGUACAUUCAGCAUUAUCGCCAGCAGUGCCGUAUGUGCGUAUGUACAUUCAACAUUAUUGCCAGCAGUGCCGUAUGUGUGCUCAUGCAUUCAGCAUUAUCGCCAGCAGUGCCGUAUGUACGCAUGUACAUUCAACAUUAUCGCCAGCAGUGCCGUAUGUGCGCAUGUACAUUCAGCAUUAUCACCAGCAGUGCCGUAUGUGCGCAUUUACAUUCAGCAUUAUCACCAGCAGUGCGUAUGUGCGCAUGCACAUUCAGCAUUAUCACCAGCAGUGCCGUAUGUGCGCAUGCACAUUCAGCAUUAUCACCAGCAGUGCCGUAUGUGCGCAUGCACAUUCAGCAUUAUCACCAGCAGUGCCGGAUGUGCGCAUGAGCAUUCAGCAUUUUCACCAGCAGUGCCGUAUGUGUGCAUGUACAUUCAGCAUUAUCGCCAGCAGUGCCGUAUGUACACGUGUACUGCAUUGCAAAAACAUACUUAUUUGCAAAUGUUGUAUGGUUUUGCCAAGUUAAAGCAUGUAAAUGAAUAUAAAAGAAUAUAA